GCUAGGUCAUCUCUACUAUAAAUAGAGCAGAUCCCACUACAAUGGAUACUGACAUAGAAAGCAGUAACCAUGACAACACCGAUGUUAGGAUGGAGGAAGAAGACAGCUGCUAUAUGUUCGAGUCCGAUCGAGCUGCACUGAAGGGCAACUCAGACUACCGAGAGCUGCUGAAAACAAUCACAAAGUUGGAGGCUCAGCGUAGCCAGGCAAUAAAGGAUAUGGAGGCUCUACAAGAGGCCCAGGAGGAGGCUCUCAAGGAUCCAAUCAAAUUUGUGGAAAAGUUACAGCAGGGCGUGAAGUUCAAUUUUCCUCAGCAGCAGGAGAUUGCACAGGUGCCGAACAUCGACUGGGAGAAGUAUCGCAGUAAUGUGGACUUCACUUCCUUCGGUGUCCCACGUCACAUGACCCGACAGAAGAAACUGCUCACAGAACUGGAAGAUCCUGUACUAGAUAGGGAGAAGACAGCACGGGGUCCCCAGUCGGUAUCACUGUUUGACGAUCAGAAUGAGGUUACAGUUGUCCGAGGUCGCUUGAAAACAGAAUCCAAACCUGCAACCUUUAACCAGCUGUGGACUGUUGAGGAACAGAAGAGGCUGGAAGAACUGUUGUUGGUGUUCCCCCCAGAGGAGGUGGAGGCCAAGAGGUGGCAGAAGAUCGCUGUCGCUCUUGGCAACCGCACUACACAGCAGGUGGCCAGCAGAGUGCAGAAAUACUUCAUCAAGCUGGCCAAGGCUGGACUUCCUGUACCUGGGAGGGCCCCCAACAUUGGGACUGGGACCAGGAAGCUGGGCCGCCAACAGCGCCACAACCGCUUCUACUACCAACCAUCAACAUUCAUGCAGGCCUACACACCCCCAGUCUACAUGUCAGACGACGAGGACACACGGGCCUACUACGACGCUGAGUCCGAAGCCAGGUUCUUGCAGAAGUAUGAGAAAUAUGGAGAAAAUCUAUCUUCUGAUGAAUCAGACGAGGAUGACGAGGUCCCCCUGGAGCUGCGACACUCAGAGGAGUAUCGGGAGUUGCUGAAGCUGAGGUCAUUACGGGCUCACAAACUGCAGCAGACAGCUGUCCAAGUCCACCAUGAUGGCUUCAAGUGUGACAUGUGUGGUUGUGAACCGAUUAUUGGCACCAGAUGGCACUGUAUGGACUGUCCGGAAGACGAAUCUGUGGACUUCUGCGAUGACUGUGUUGACAGCAACCAUGAAACAGAGACUCACAACUCAAGCCAUCGUCUGAGGCCAGAAAAGAAGAAAGUGUCACUACUGGGUGGUGAUCAGGACUACAUGAAGUUUUCUCUCGCUGACAGCAACUACCUCGACCCAAACUACAUGCCUGCUAGUUGACCACACUACGACAUUGAUGGAGACCGAAUCGUCGUUGAACACCUUGUCUUAGAUACUGGCUCGUACAGUGGGAGGGUGUUGACACCCUGUGUUACAUACUGGUUCAAACAGUUGAGUGUUGGGGGGAACAAUGAGACCUUGUUAUUGUGGACACCCUGUGUUACAUACUGGCUCAUACAGUUGAGUGUUGGUGGGAACAAUGAGACCUUGUUAUUGUGGACACCCUGUAUUAGAUACUGGCUCAUACAGUUGAGUGUUGGUGAGAACAAUGAGACCUUGUUAUUGUGGACACCCUGUAUUACAUACUGCCUCAUACAAUGAUAGGGUUGGUGAGAACAUUGAGACCUUGUUAUUGUGGACACCCUGUAUUACAUACUGCCUCAUACAAUGAUAGGGUUGGUGAGAACAUUGAGACCUUGUUAUUGUGGACACCCUCUAUUACAAACGGACUCGCAUUGCUGAUUUGUUGGUGAAUACAAUGAAACCUUGUUGAUACAGACACCUCUACUUAUGACUGGCUCACACUGAGAUGGUUGUUCAAUAAAAUUAGACAUUGUUA